GGGCGGGGAGGGGGCGGGCUCGAACCCCGUCCUCCCCGGGGCCUGCGGGAGCCCGAGCCUCGCCCGUGGCCUCGCGCUGGGCACGGUCCCCACGCCGGCGGCCCCUGGAGCUCGGGCCCGGCGCGCUUACAGCUCCGCGCGUCUGGGCGGAGGCGGCCAUGGCCCGCCCGGGCAUCCCGAUUCAGCAUCGCAGGUCGUGGGCCAGGCCGGGGCCCUCAGCCCCAGGGCCUUGCCCGCUCCCGGGCUCCCGCGCCGCCUCUCGGCCCCUGUUCCCGGGAGCCCUGCCCGUCCGUCUUCUCCAGCUUUCUUUUGCUGAUGUCCGAGAUCCCCGCCGGGGCGCGGGGCGCUGCCCGGGUCUGCCCUCCCCCCAGCGGCACCUGGCACGCAGUAGGCGCUCAGCAAAUACUUGUCCGAGGCACCAGCGCCGCGGGGCCUGCGGGCUGGCAUUGGCCUGUCCGGGCACGCCGUGGCGCGCUCCGCCGUGGCCAGACCUGUUCCGGGUACGGUAACCUCAACCCUCGGGCGCCUCCCGUUAGCCUUUCUGCCGACCCAGCAGCUUCUAAUUUGGGUGCGUGGUUGAGAGUGCUCAGCUGUCAGCCCUGCCUUUGGGUGCCGGCUCCCUUUCGCCUCAUUGGGUCAUUAAGAGCAGGUGGGGACGAGGCGACACUCCCCACCCGCCGGGUCGCAGCCGUGCAGGUAGGCACGCUGCCGUCGUUGCUGCCACCCCUGCCGCCCGGUGUUGGGGCCCAAGGCCCUCUGUGGGUUUGCCCUUCAGAUGGCCCUGCCAGCAGCUGCCCUGUGGGGCCUGGGCCUGGCUGAGCAGGGCCCUCCUUGGCAGGUGGGGCAGGAGACCCUGCAGUACCCCGGGCCGCAGGCCCUGAGGAGCGAUGACGGAAUAUAAGCUCGUGGUGGUGGGUGCCGGUGGCGUGGGGAAGAGUGCCCUGACCAUCCAGCUGAUCCAGAACCACUUCGUGGACGAAUACGACCCCACUAUAGAGGACUCCUACCGGAAGCAAGUGGUCAUUGAUGGGGAGACAUGCCUGCUGGACAUCCUGGACACGGCCGGCCAGGAGGAGUACAGCGCCAUGAGGGACCAGUACAUGCGCACCGGCGAGGGCUUUCUGUGCGUCUUCGCCAUCAACAACACCAAGUCCUUCGAGGACAUCCACCAGUACAGGGAGCAGAUCAAGCGGGUGAAGGACUCGGACGACGUGCCCAUGGUGCUGGUGGGGAACAAGUGUGACCUGGCUGCACGCACCGUGGAGUCUCGGCAGGCUCAGGACCUGGCCCGAAGCUACGGCAUCCCCUACAUCGAGACCUCGGCCAAAACCCGGCAGGGAGUGGAGGAUGCUUUUUACACGCUGGUGCGUGAGAUUCGGCAGCACAAGCUGCGGAAGCUGAACCCUCCCGACGAGAGCGGUCCCGGCUGCAUGAGCUGCAAGUGUGUGCUCUCCUGACAGCACAGGCUUCAGGACGUGGAGGUGCCGGAUGCAGGGAGGAGGUGCAGACGGAAGGAGGAGGAGGAAGGAAGGAAGGGCUGCUGGAGCCCAGCCACCAGGGACCGUGGGCCGAGGUGACUGCAGACCCUCCAAGGGACGCUUUGCGCAGAUUGUCUUGAGCGUCCCAAACGCCACGGGAACCCCAGCCCUUAGCUCCCCUCCCAGGCCUCUGUGGGCCCUUGUCGGGUACAGACGGGAACACAGUAAAUUAUUGGAUGGUUUUGA